GUGUGACGUGCAGGGUAAGGUGCAGCUAUCCCAGAGGGAUUGAGUGGACAAGGGAGGAGGUGGAGGAGCUGUCAGUGUCGCUGGGCCACCAGGAGGAGUGUGGCCCAGGCCUAACAUUGGGUCAGCUUUCUCGACCACAUAGUCAACACCAAGUUGCCGACGUGGAUACAACAGACACACGGCUUGCAGAGACCAUCAUUGUCAACUUGCAGAGGAAUAUCACUGCAAUAGAGGGCGUCAUCACAAAAACACAAUCAGAUAGCAGGUCGACCCAGUCUCACUCCUCACAGAACUGGCUCAGUGCCAAAUACAACCAGGAUCGGGACAAGGACCAAGACCAAGACCAAGACCAAGACCAAGACCAAGACCAAGACCAAGACCAGGACCAGGACCAAGACCAAGACCAGGACCAGGACAAGGAGCUGCAGGAUUUACUGAAAAACCUACAUCAGGAGAGAUACUGCUUGCUCAGGCAGGUGGAGAAACUCAGCCUUACAGAGAGAGAGGAGGACCUGGGCAUAGAGGAGGGCUUCAGACACACUCGUGGCAGGGACGUGGACGGCGUUCGGUGGAGCGAGGAAGAGGAGAACCACACACAGGAGGCCUGCGCUCCGAGGAGGAUGCUGAGGGACAGGCGGUGCUGCAGCCCCUCCAGGGGCCCCUCCUCCAGCCGCAGCCCCACGCGACACAGCCCUGUCAAGUCGGGCAGCUACGACUGUGAGCUGAUGAGGGUGCUGAGAGAGAGAGACGACAUGCAGAGCAUGCUGGAUAAGUACGAGCGCCACCUAUCAGAGGUCCAGGCCAACGUCAAGGUGCUGAGUGCCGACCGAGAUAAGACCAGCAUGCACUACCAGAAGGCCCAGGAGGAGAUCGCGGCGCUGAGGCGCGAGGUGAUCAAGUCCAAGUCGACGCGCGUCGGCAAGGGAUGCGUGACGGCCCAGAGCAUCCUGAAACGCGUGGAGGCGGAGCGAGACGAGGCCGUGAGUGACCUCCAUCGCAUGAGCACGGAGAGAGACAGCCUGAGGGAACGUCUCAAGAUCUCCCAGGAGACAGCCAUAAACGAGCGCGCCCACCUGGAGCAGAGGGUGGAGGACCUGCAGAAGACCAUCCUCACUCUGGAGCAGGAGCGGGGCGACCAGUUGAACAAGCUGUCCCUGAUGCGGGACACGGUAAUGAGGCUGGAGGAGGAGCUGCACUGCCUGGACGUGAAGCUGGCGGUCUCCCAGGAGGAGCUGGGCAGGGCCAGGAACGAGAGUGGGAUGCUAAGACUGUCCAACACCCAGACGGAGACAGCCCUGAGUGACAGCCAGCGCAGACUGACCUCUAGGAUUGGAGAGCUGCAGAAAGUGCAGGAGAGAAACAGACAGCUGGAGGAGAAGAAUGAUUCUCUGCUGAGGCAGAUGUGCUGUCUGAGAGAGGAGGUGGGGGGUCUCCAGUCCACCAUAGCAGACCUGGACCUACGCAGAGACUCCCUGCACGAGCGUCUGGAGAAGAAAAGUGACCUCCUCGUCGAGGCCCAAAACCAGCUUGAAAAUAAGGAUGUGGUAAUUGGGAGUCUGAGGCAGAAUGUUGAGGAGUUAGACGGCACGACACAGUGUCUGAGGGACUCACUGACUGGGCGUGAGCGUGAGGUGGAGGUGCUGAGGCAGAGGCUGGGAGACGCAGGGGAGGAGCUUGGGGCGGUCGCCAAGGUGAAGGACGCCACCCUGCGGGAGAACGCGAUGCUCCGAGAGGACCUGGAGAGAGCCAGAAUGGACGGCCAGGCUCUGCAGCUCAGAGCAGAGGACUCCUCCCAGGAAGUGCAGAACCUUCAUAGGAAGGUGCAGGAGUACAUGUCUGACAUCUCCCGCAUCGAGAGCCUGCUCGCUGUCAAGGAGAGCGAGUGCAGGGAGCAGCAGGAGGCCCGUCGCCGUGUGUCUGCCCAGGCGGAGAGCUGGGAGGAGCAGGCGCGCCAGGCUGAGGGCAGCCUGAGCCAGCUGAGGGCUGACCUCCUGACCUCCGACAGGGACAGACUCAGGCUGAAGGACAGGGUGGAGGGCCUGGAGACCAGCCUGCAAGAGGCCUUGCUGUCAGAGCGGAGUUGCAGCAGCCAGCUGGCUCAGCUGAGCAGGAGUCUGCAGCAGAAAGAGGAGGAGUUAAGGCAGGUCCAGGACCAGCACUCCUCCUCCUACUCGGACCUGGAGAAGAUCCGCGAGCUCUGCGUCAAGCUGGACGCCAGCAAGGAGAGUGUGCAGCGGGAGCUGGAGGCUUGCAGCUCGGAGGUGGAGACCCUCCGUAAGCAGCUGGCCAGCGAGCGGCUCAGCGUGAAGAGCCUGGAGGCCAUGCUGGUGUCCUCCAGGGAGAAGGAGCUCCACAGACAGCUCAGCUCCCAGGAGAAACACAGCCAGGUCCAUCUGCUCCGAGACAAGCUCACCGUGGCUGACAGCAGGGCGAGCUGUCAGAGCAGGGAGGUGGCCCAGCUGAAGACCCGGUCAGCACAGCUGGAGGCGGACCUGGAGAUGACCAAGAGACAGCUCUCCACAGAACGCUUCGAGAGGGAGCGAGCGGUGCUGGAGUUGCGGCGUCAGGGUCUUUCCUCCUCUUCCUCCGGCCUGCGUGCCUCCCCUCACCCCCGUCGUUCCACCAGCCCACGGGUGUCCUGGUCCCCUGAACGCCCCUACCGCCACAGCCCCCCCGACCACCUGGGCCCCGAUCCCUCCCCCGAGAGGAGUCUGGGUUUCUAAGUCCUGUAAGACUGAUCUCCCUUCCCAGGGAACACCUGGGCACCACCCCCCCUGAUGCGCAUGCUGCAUUGAUGCCACAGCCACCGCAGGACUGCAGGAGACUAGGGACUAACACAGCUACACUCCUUUCUGGGUGUUCUAUGUCUUAUCAAAUGAAUCUAUUUGGAUUGUUAUCACCUCAGAUGUACUUGAUGUGCUGUCAAACUUCAUAUUAAAUCUAGAUUUCCAUUUUGGCUUUUCACCACUUUUUGCUU